AUGUUUUCCGAAACGGCAAUGUCGUCGCUCAUGCGGCGCGAUAACGUGCCAAAGCCUGACCUCGGCCAUGAGCUCAACCAGCUUCCUGAGUGGUCUUUCUUUGUCUUUAUGGCUAACUUUAUCCUCUUUAUCCCUGUUAUGGUUCUUUGCCAAUACACUUUCGAAAAGGUCUUUCCUGUUCUCGCCAUCGUCGAAGAUGAGAAGCCUCCCGCUUACGCUCCUCUCCCUGUCGAGUCUAUCGCCAACGACGACAUGACAAAGCCCGUUAAUUCUCCCGAUGUUCCUGUCGCUCCCACCGCUGGCCAGGGCAAGCCCGUUACUUCGUCUUUCCGCGCUACUUUCGGCCUUCUUCGAUCCACUGGUGGCUUCCGUGCCAUGUACCGCGGUAUCUGGAUGCACAUUAUCCAAACUUUCUGUCUCGGACUUAUCAACGGCGGUCUCUACCACGUCACUCCUUACUCCUUUGUCAUCGCCCACCUGAUCAGCUCUCUCAUCUGCGUCCAGCUCCGCACCGCCUGGGUCCACAUCGUCAUCACUCCCGAGUCUCAGCUUCGAUGGUACCAGCGAAUUCCUUCUUUCAAGACCACCUUCCUCGCCACCUGGAGGCCUACCGUUAUCUUCUGGGCCGCUUCUCAGAUCGUCACUCUCAGCGGCCUCGGCACGCUGUACGCUUUGGAUAAGGAUGGUCAGGAGGUUCCCAAGUUCGAUGGCAACGAGAGCGGCGUUUGCGGCAUUAUGCUCUUGGCUAUCUUCCUCCAGAUCGCUGUCCAGAUUCCUGCCUACGUUGUUCUCGUCCGUGUCCAGGCCUCUCUCCUCCCCGCCGAGGCUGACACUAUCGUUCCUUUUGAUCGCUCUUUCAACGGCCGCAUCGAGCCUGUUGUUGUCGGUGGUCGAGGCUAUGCCACCGUUCGUGACGCCUGGUCCAGCUUCUCCAAGUCUGCUUGGUACCGUAUUGUUAAGCUCGAGCUCAAGGUUGUCGCUAUCACUAUUGCUGCCGUCUUUGGCCUGAUGGUUGUCAUUAUUCCUCAGAUUAUCCUCCUGGCUACCUUGAGCGGUACCAACGGAGAUGGCCCUGGCAACGGCGACAUCAAGAUCUAA